AUGCUUCCUCCCAAGAUCAUCAAGCUCCUUAGGGCAGUGCUCUCGACCCUCUACCUCGUCCUCAUAAUCCUCACCAUCCCGUUGGCGUUCGAUGUGGGUGGCGUUGAGUGCGGGUUGGCCUACUCCUUGACCACCUUUCUGUUGUACUUCGUGCUAACUACCAUCAGGCUCAUCACCAGAAAGUCCCGCUACUUCCGCUGGGUACUGGUGUUAUACUACAUGCAGCACUUCUUGAUUCCCAGCAUCCUCACACUUUUCUUGUCGUACCACACAGUUCCUACUAGCCCUGUGUCGUCAAACUCGGACGCCAACGUCAGAAUUACCCCUGUUUCGGUGUGGAAAAUUGUUCUCACAAACUCGACAUCCAUCUUCACUAUUUUGGAAGGGUUCUGCUCGCUUCUCCUUAUCCAGGCUAUUGGCCAAACCGUGAACUGGCUCACGGUAUACAAGUCAGACAGCUGGUUGAUUGUGUCCCUUAUUGGAAGUGGGUGCAUCAUCACAGCCUCAAUUUCGUUUCUCUACAGAAUCUAUGUUUUCCCAUUCACCAUCGAUAUUAUCAGUGCUUCGUUGCUCGGCUCGCUCUUGACAUUAACUGGUGGCCUUGGAUUGUAUGGCAUUGUCUCUGGCAAAGGCUCCAUUAUCGAGAGCUCGUUGUUGUUUGCUUAUGUGGUGAGAUGCAUUUACGAGACUUUCCCAAUUUUAUCGGAAGAAGCCACCAAGUCAUUGACCUCGUUGUUCACCCAGGCUACCUAUAACUUAAAGAACGAAAUCCCAAAGAUUCCUCCACAAAUCUUGAAUCCAAUCCUGCUGGUAGUGCCAUUCCUAGCCUCAAACUUGCCUGGAUCUUUCAAGACAAUCUGGGAGUUCUUAAUCAUGGCCAUCCACAAGUUGACCUUACCAAUCUUGUUAAAUUUGGCCUACAGAAUCGGGGUGUUUUACGCAGCUACAAAGAUCAUUCCUUCGUUAUACCAUAACUCGGCAUAUCCCACCAUUUCUCCCCCAAGAACCCCUCCUUUGCUCACCAGAUCCCGUCAGGCUUCCAGUACCAGUCUUGCACACUUGGACUUGAAAGAGCCUGAACCCGUAGUGAGUCCCAAGGAACCCGAAGACACGGAAGUUGAACCUACUCCAAAGCUAGGCCACAAGAAGUCAUUCCGUCUCAAGCCACCCCACCAUCAGCCACCCUCAGCCAUAAUACGAUUGAUCUACGCAUACUCCCCCUGCAUCAUUAUAGCAGUCUACACUCAUUUGAUGAUGCUGUACAACGGUCAGUUAGGUACAGAAAUGAAGAUCUGGGGCUUCUGGAGCUCACCGGAUUUCCUGAUCGUGGUGCAUCCAUGGCAAUUUUGGAACUGGGUCAACAUGGCCACAACAUUAUUGUUGUACACUAUGGAAUUACUGGGAAACAGUAGUUCUGGAGGUAAUACUGCCCUCACCAGCCACUGUUUAAUUUUCGUUACCCAUUUCAACUCACACAGUAGACAACUCGAUGACGAUGCCCUCGAUCAUCACGUAACAAAAUAUGUGGAGUACUUAACCCAAGACAUCUGGUCGAGCAGGCAUCUAUCGAGGACUGAAAAGGUAUUUCAUGAACUAAUGUCUACAUCCCUCGUCAUUGCAGAAUUUGCCCAGCAGUUGUCGAAGACGUCGCUGUCCGUCGGAAUACCAUUUAUAGAAGCCUCUCCAGAGGCUACAAAGCCCGGUAUAUUUGACUAUACACACUCAAUGGCCAUUUCCUUUGGAAUGACCAUCAGUUCAGGCUUGGAGACGUUCAUGGACCAAGAGAUACAAAACCCCAUUGCCGACAGAAAACUAACACCAGUCAUGGAAUAUACCAAACUGGGAGAGUGA